AUGAAGGAAAUUGAUCCGUUGGUCACAGUCGAAACGAUUUGUGGAUUUUACCAUCCCUCUGCCUCGUUUCCUAUAGUAUUGGAUGAACUACCGCAAGAAAGUGAUAUGUGUAGUCUAAUACAUAUAGGAAAUCUAACGAACCACGAUAUAUCGGUGAAUCACCUUUCCAGACAUGAACUCCUCCUUCUCAUAUCUGAUGGAUCACAUGGAAAGGACUUAGUGGAAUAUCUCUAUCGAGAAAGAGUAUUUCCCGAUGAAUACAGAAACGAGGGAAGUAAUUCAGGAUAUGCCAAAUACUAUUUUGUAUAUCCGUGCAAAUAUUCUGAAACAUCAGUUCACAAUAGUUCCUGGUUGACCAAGAACUUAAACCGCCAUUCACAAGACAAAAUAGCUGAAUCAAUUACGUAUAUACCAGUAGUAACUGAUGAAAAAUACCUCAAGAUGGUUUCAGUAUUUCUGCUGGAAUUAUCUGAUACAAACUCAAGCUCGUUAUCAUCUACAAACGCCUUCAUAGAUACACUGGUUCAAAACAAAGCUAGCAAAGUCAUUGGUGAGUAG